ACGUGGGCCGCGCGGCGCGCGCUGCGCCUCAUCCGUCGCCCCACCCCCUCCGCUCCUGGCGGGGCGGGGGGCCGGGGGGAGGGGCGUCAAGAUGGCGGCGGGGAGGUAGGCAGAGCCGGACGCCGCUGCCGCCGCCGCCACCGCCGCCUCCGCUCCUGUCGCCCGUGGUUCUUCAAGCUCUCGCCGCCCGGGAGAAGCUGUACCGGCGUCGCAUCCCGCGGGGAAAAUGGUGGAGCCAGGGCAGGAUUUACUGCUUGCUGCUUUGAGUGAGAGUGGAAUUAGUCCAAAUGACCUCUUCGAUAUCGAUGGUGGAGAUGCAGGGCUUGCAACUCCAACACCCCCACCUCCAGUCCACCAGUCAGUGCCACUCAGUACGUUAGAACUAGGUUUGGAGACUGAAGCGGCAGCUCCUGGUAAACGAGAACCAGAGACGGCCCCUAGCCCAGCACUGUUAAAUGUUAGGCAGCAGCCUCCAUCUACGACAACAUUUGUGCUAAAUCAGAUAAAUCAGCUUCCGACCUUGGGAUCUACCAUCGUAAUGACUAAGACACCGCCUGUGACAACGAGCAGGCAAACCAUCACUUUGACAAAGUUCAUCCAGACCACUGCAAACACGCGCCCUUCGGUCUCAGCACCAGCAGCACGGAAUGCCGUGACCCCCGCACCUCCGAAGGACCAGGUUCAGCUGAAGGACUUGCUCAAAAACAACAGUCUGAACGAACUCAUGAAACUGAAGCCACCGGCUAAUAUUGCUCAGCCCGUUGCAACAGCAGCUACUGAUGUAAGCAAUGGUACGAUAAAGAAAGAGUCUUCUAAUAAAGAAGUGGCAAGAAUAUGGAUAAAUGACAUGAAGAUGAGGAGCUUCUCCCCGACCAUGAAGGUUCCUGUUGUAAAAGAGGAAGAAGAGCCAGAGGAGGAAGAUGAAGAGGAGAUGGGUCACGCGGAAACCUAUGCCGAGUACAUGCCGAUAAAAUUAAAAAUCGGCCUACGUCACCCAGACGCUGUGGUGGAAACUAGUUCUUUGUCCAGUGUUACCCCUCCUGACGUUUGGUACAAAACGUCCAUCUCCGAAGAGACCAUCGACAACGGCUGGCUGUCCGCCCUGCAGCUCGAGGCCAUCACGUAUGCAGCCCAGCAACAUGAAACAUUCCUACCUAAUGGAGAUCGUGCUGGCUUCUUGAUAGGCGACGGUGCUGGUGUGGGGAAGGGCAGGACGAUCGCCGGCAUCAUCUACGAGAACUACCUGCUGAGCAGGAAGCGGGCGCUGUGGUUCAGUGUUUCAAAUGAUUUAAAGUACGAUGCGGAAAGAGAUCUGAGGGAUAUUGGAGCAAAAAACAUUUUGGUCCAUUCAUUAAAUAAGUUUAAGUAUGGAAAAAUUUCUUCUAAACAUAAUGGGAGUGUGAAAAAGGGUGUUAUUUUUGCUACUUACUCUUCCCUCAUCGGUGAAAGCCAGUCCGGCGGGAAAUACAAAACAAGGUUAAAACAGCUUCUGCACUGGUGCGGUGAUGACUUUGACGGCGUGAUAGUGUUUGAUGAAUGUCAUAAAGCAAAAAACUUGUGUCCUGUUGGUUCUUCAAAGCCAACCAAGACAGGCCUAGCUGUUCUAGAGCUUCAGAACAAACUGCCAAAAGCCAGAGUUGUCUAUGCUAGUGCCACUGGUGCUUCUGAGCCACGAAACAUGGCCUACAUGAACCGCCUCGGCAUAUGGGGCGAAGGGACUCCGUUCAGAGAGUUCAGCGAUUUCAUCCAGGCGGUGGAGCGGAGAGGUGUCGGUGCCAUGGAAAUAGUUGCUAUGGAUAUGAAGCUUAGAGGAAUGUAUAUUGCUCGACAGCUGAGCUUUACUGGAGUAACCUUCAAAAUUGAGGAAGUUCUUCUCUCUCAGAGCUAUGUAAAAAUGUAUAACAAAGCAGUCAAGCUGUGGGUGGUCGCCAGGGAGCGGUUCCAGCAGGCGGCGGACCUGAUCGACGCUGAGCAGCGCAUGAAGAAGUCCAUGUGGGGGCAGUUCUGGUCGGCGCACCAGCGCUUCUUCAAGUACCUGUGCAUAGCGUCCAAGGUGAAGCGGGUCGUGCAGCUGGCUCGCGAGGAGAUCAAGAACGGGAAGUGCGUGGUCAUCGGCCUGCAGUCGACAGGAGAAGCCAGGACCCUAGAGGCCUUGGAAGAGGGUGGCGGGGAGCUGAAUGACUUCGUUUCAACUGCCAAAGGGGUGCUGCAGUCGCUCAUCGAGAAGCACUUCCCCGCCCCGGACAGGAAGAAGCUCUACAGUCUGCUGGGGAUCGACCUCACGGCGCCGAGCAACAGCAGCUCGCCGCGAGAUAGUCCUUGUAAAGAAAAGAAAAUAAAGAAGCGCAAAGGUGAGGAGACGCCGCGAGAAGCCAAGAAGGCGCGGAGAGCGGGCGGCCUGACUGGGAGCAGCUCCGACGACAGCGCGAGCGAGUCCGACGCCUCCGACCGCGAGGAGAGUGACUACGAGAGCUCCAAAAACAUGAGCUCGGGGGACGACGACGACUUCAACCCCUUCCGGGACGAGUCCAGUGAGGACGACGAGGACGAUCCUUGGUUAAUCAGAAAAGACCACAAGAAAAACAAAGACAAAAAAAGAAAGAAGAGCAUAGAUCCAGAUUCCAUUCAAAGUGCCUUACUAGCAUCAGGUCUUGGCUCUAAGCGACCCAGUUUCUCGUCCACACCGGUGAUCUCGCCUGCUCCCAACAGCGCGCCAGCUAACAGUAACACCAACAGUAACAACAGCCUCGUAACAAGUCAGGAUGCCGUGGAAAGGGCCCAGCAGAUGAAGAAGGACCUACUCGACAAACUAGAAAAAUUAGCCGAGGACCUGCCCCCCAACACCCUGGAUGAACUUAUUGACGAACUGGGCGGCCCCGAGAACGUUGCUGAGAUGACUGGCCGCAAGGGGAGGGUCGUGAGCAACGAUGACGGAAGCAUUUCCUACGAGUCAAGAUCUGAACUUGAUGUCCCUGUGGAAAUACUAAAUAUCACGGAGAAACAAAGGUUUAUGGAUGGAGAUAAGAACAUUGCCAUCAUAUCAGAAGCUGCCAGCUCAGGCAUCUCGCUGCAAGCGGACCGGAGGGCCAAAAACCAAAGGCGAAGGGUCCACAUGACGCUGGAGCUGCCCUGGAGCGCCGACAGGGCGAUCCAGCAGUUCGGACGAACUCACAGAUCAAACCAAGUCACUGCGCCCGAAUAUGUCUUUCUGAUUUCUGAACUGGCAGGAGAACAAAGAUUCGCAUCUAUUGUUGCUAAAAGACUUGAGAGUUUGGGGGCACUCACUCACGGCGACCGGAGAGCGACAGAGUCCAGAGACCUGAGCAGGUUCAACUUCGAUAAUAAGUAUGGAAGAAAUGCAUUAGAAAUUGUCAUGAAAUCCAUUGUAAACCUAGAUUCUCCUAUGGUAUCACCACCUCCAGACUACCCUGGAGAAUUCUUUAAAGAUGUCCGACAGGGACUGAUAGGAGUCGGCCUGAUCAAUGUGGAGGACCGCUCGGGAAUCCUCACUCUGGAUAAAGAUUACAACAACAUCGGGAAAUUCUUAAACAGGAUCUUGGGCAUGGAGGUGCAUCAGCAGAACGCGCUCUUCCAGUACUUUGCAGACACGCUCACCGCCGUCGUGCAGAAUGCCAAAAAAAACGGAAGAUACGACAUGGGGAUCUUAGAUCUUGGCUCUGGAGAUGAGAAAGUGAGGAAAAGUGACGUUAAGAAGUUUCUCACUCCGGGAUACUCGACGUCUGGUCACGUGGAGCUGUACACAAUUAGCGUGGAGAGGGGAAUGUCCUGGGAGGAGGCCACCAGGAUCUGGGCCGAGCUGACAGGACCAGACGACGGCUUCUACUUGUCCCUGCAGAUAAGGAACAACAAGAAAACCGCCAUCUUGGUUAAAGAAGUGAACCCCAAAAAGAAGCUCUUCUUAGUUUACAGACCAAAUACUGGGAAACAGCUGAAAUUAGAGAUUUAUGCUGAUCUAAAGAAGAAAUAUAAGAAGGUGGUCUCGGACGACGCCCUGGUUCACUGGCUAGACCAGUACAAUUCAUCUGCAGACACUUGCACUCAUGCUUAUUGGCGUGGCAACUGCAAAAAAGCGAGCCUGGGGCUAGUGUGUGAGAUAGGCCUCCGCUGCCGCACCUACUACGUGCUGUGCGGCUCGGUGCUGAGCGUGUGGACGAAAGUCGAGGGCGUGCUCGCGUCCGUCAGCGGCACGAACGUGAAGAUGCAGAUAGUCCGGCUGAGGACGGAGGACGGACAGCGGAUCGUAGGUUUGAUCAUCCCUGCAAACUGUGUGGCUCCUCUCGUCAACCUCCUCUCCACCUCAGACCAGUCGCAGCAGCUCGCGGUCCAGCAGAAGCAGCUCUGGCAGCAGCGCCACCCCCAGAGCAUCGCCAGCUUGAGCAGCACUUAAGAACAGACAGGUCUCCACAUGGAUGUAUCUGAAGUGCUGUCGAAGCAUAUCAUUUGCAUAAAAAUCAGGGACAGUUUCCAAAGAAUUAUAAUUUUUUUCAGUUGUGCUCUCUCUAGUUAAAUUUUUUGGGAAGGAGGACAGACCUGGAAUACACGGCAGGACUGAACCCCGCCGGCGCCGGCGGUGGCACAUGUGUCUUUCCUUCGCUUUGCCUGUGGCACUUCCCGCACACUCGUCUGUGGGGGAGCAGCGGGGAGGGGGGGUGCGCGUGCGUGUGUCCGUCCGUCUGUCUGUCUGUGCGUCUGGUGAUGGCUGCGAACCACGGUUGGCGUAAAAAACGCUUGGAACUUCCCCAACUGGCUUUACUUAACGUCCCACAGUGCUCAGGGUCAGUGCAGGGCGCCCCCGCCGUUGCCGGGGCGCGUCCCCCCGGGUGCACGCGUCCGGGUCUGUGAGUGCAGAGAACACGUAUCGGUUCCUUUUCCCCGCUUACUGAACACUAGGUCAUUACAGCAUGCGAUGAAAGGUUGCACACCGCGCAUUCAGGUUCUUUUCCAGUUUCUGUUCUGACAGUGCAUGUUUCCAAGAGCAUGCGUAAACAAGACUUAACACAGAUGUGACGUGCCGGAGAGAAACAUUCGUAGGUGUAGAGCAUCGGUCACUGCAUUUUUAUAACGUUUAUACCUGGGUAUUGCUUCUACCCUGUGACCCCGCCCCCCGCCCCCCAUUCUCCCCGCCCCAGGUUUCUUGUUAAGGUGAUAAGUACAAACUUUUUUUUGUGAUAAAACUCUUAAAAGUUCAUUUUAAUGUGUUAAUAGUAUUCCUAAUGAGUGCUGCAGAAAUGGCUACAAGCCUGCUUUUCUCAAAGUUCCAUUUUCCUUAACUUAAGGUAGUUUUAGAAAGGAGGACAACUUGGCUUCCAUCUCGCAAACCAUCUUUUUUUUACUUCGUAUCUUAAUUUGUUGGCCACUCACGAAAAGGAAACCUUACUUGAGCUGUAAAGUAGACGAGGAGACACUUGAGGCUUCUGCUGUAUGUUUAUUUCUUGUUAUUGUUACCCAGUAACUUGAAUAUUGUUUAAUGUGUUGUAAGACAUUGUAGAGUUUAUCUCAAGCUGUUAAAAAUGGUAAUGUACAAAUGUGAAUAGACACUUAUCUAUAAUAUGGGUAAGUUUCGUUUCGCCUAUAAUAGAUGUUUUAUAAACAAGUGAGGGGACAAUUGGUCUUUUUGUUUCCUUUUUUUUUUUUCUUUUUCUUUUCUUUUUUUUUUUUUUUUUUUUGCACAGGUUGCACUAUUGAAAAAUUGAGAUUGUACAAACCUGGCCGAGAGCUGCAAGAUACCACCAUCUUGUGGAUGUUAAAUAAAAAGUUACCACCCUAA